AGACACCACCAUUUUGUACAGAACCACUCUAGCGCAAGAUGCCAUUGUAAUAGGCUGUUCGCAUACUAUAAACAUGAAUCAUCAUAACUCACAAAAUGUUGUACAUAAUGUGAAUUCUACCGCACCACACUUAACACACUUACAAGACUAUAUUUAGCAAAAUCUACCGGCGUAUAUUGAUAUAUCACCGGAUAUAUCCGGGUUUCUUUGUCCUUUCCUGUAAAUUGAAAUGCUGUUAUAUAUAUAGUAUCACCUAGGAGAAACAUCAGGUGUCUAAAAAAAGAAAUUCCGUCAGGAAUAAUACUUUGUAUCUAUUGACUUCCGUUGUAUUCUGCCUCCAAAUGUGGGCGAAUCUUCAAACACCAUCGAUGUCUACUGUCAAUGUUCAUCGACGGUCUCGGCAGAUCUCUUCUUAACAAUCGUUCAACAAGCGUUACUUUUAUUUGAUGAACUGAAGCGAUUCGGUUCCAUUUCUAUUUUUCUAAUCUUGUGAAAGAGAGAAAAUUAGCAGUAAGAUUUAAACAGGAAUAAAUAUUUUCGAUACUACUACAAUUAAGAAUACUGGAUAUCUUUAUGGUAAGGUUCUCAAGGCGCUCCAAUAUUACCCCGGCUCUGGCAAGGGUACUGCUAAAUUAACUACGAAUUCGUCAAUGGCUUGCAUACAAGGACAUUUCUCAGCUUGUUGAGUUUCGAAUCAUCUAUUUGGAGAAUCAUGAAUGAUAAUAUGAGGGACUUGGAAGUGAUGAGACGACUUGUAUUCCUAAUGAUCAGUGUUUGGUCAGUUCUCGGCGUUCAGACCAUGGCUGGAGCAACGGUUUGUCCGAAGGACCUUGAUAGUAAUGAGCUUUCCUUUCUGGAUAAGACGGCAAGCGAUGUGUACUCCACCGAGUGCCAGUACCGUGUUCUCCAGUGUAUGAGCGUCAAUUUCUGUAGCAUACAGUGGUUCUUCAAUGGCAUCCCGUACGACUCCUGGAGUUUGGGAAACAACUCCGACACUAAGUUCAAGUUAGAGGAUAGCAACCAAACGCUCAAGUUCCUUUCCGCAGACGUCGACUCUGAAGGAACAUACACUUGCGUGGUUUCGAACGGUGUGCGGAAUAUUAAUCGGAGUAUCAACUUGCGUAUCCAAGAGAAAAUAUGGCUCAACAAACCCAUUCCAUUGGAAUCGUCCAGCGGUGUGUGCAAGGAUCAGAUGGCCGUUCUUGGCGGGAACGCCUCCUUCUUCUGCCAGUUCAAGUAUCGAAACCCCGGGGCCUUCUUGCAGAAGAGUUGGAGGAAACUGAACCAGACAUACGGGGGAUUUCAACUGGUGGACUUUUAUUACAUCCCAGGCACGGAGUUCACGCAUGGGUACAGAAAAGAAGACGAAAAUGUCAUCCUAACUCAGAAAAACUGUCCAGAGAAGCCUUUCAAGAUUUUGUCUACAUGGCUGAACAUCACGAAUGUGACUGAAGAGGCUUUGGGGAGGUACCAGGUACAUUGUAAGAUCUCCGGGUUCUUAACGAAGGUCAACCUUACACUCUCGCUGGCGACCACAGAAGAACAUGUAGUCAAGGUCACGGACACAACCAGUGUGGUGGUCGUGGUUGCGACAUUGACCAUCCUCCUUUCCCUUGUCGUGUUGUCAUGGAAACGCUAUGGCACUGACGUCAAACUUUGGAAUCAUGACCAUCGCGCCACACUAGAAACAGAAGAGAUAGAUAACAAACUCUACGACGCAUACAUUAUUUCAUGUUAUGAAGGCCAGGAUAAAUCCUUUGUCGACAACAUUCUCUGCCCGAGUUUGCAGGACCAGUAUAAACUAUUCAUACGAGAAAGAGACGCAACAUUCGGCUCUGUUGAAAGUGAAGAAAUCGUGGAAGCGCUGACAAAAAGCCGCCGCUGCAUCGUGUUACUGUCAGCAGAUUUCUACCGGCAUUCAUCGACCUCAUCAUCGCAAUCUACAUCAGGAAGGAUAGAAACUACAGCUGCACAACUAACUUCCUCGUCAUCAUCAUUGUCUUCUCCAUCAUCGCCAUCGUUUUCUGUGAACAAUUUUUCAGGAAACGAAUGGCAUUUGUUUGAACUCCAUCACGCGUUGGACACCAUGCACCCAAACGUCAUCCCUCUGCUCUACCGAGACUCCGGGCCAACCUCCUUGUCGAACACCGACUCGAAUGCCAAGCUGAUCGACCACGUGCUCAAGGAUGUCACAUGUUUAAAAUGGAAGCAGAAGGGCGAGACGCGUCUCGAUGAUUGGGCAAUGAAGCGGUUACGACUCCGACUACCACCGCGUCGACAAAGCAGUAAUUUACCGAUUGAACAAUCAUCGUAUAUUACGAUGCCGGUAAUGUCAGCCGCAACGCCGUCGAAUAUCUCGUCAUCGAUAUCAUUGACGUCCCCAUCAUUGCUAACUACUGAAAGACCAUAUGCAGUCGAUUCCAGCCUACAACAUUUAACAGCGUUAUCUUGUCCAGAAUCAUCAAGAUCUGGUGGACUCGUCGUAGGGAAAGCUUCGGGCUCGUCCCGGCAGAACCGACCUUCAACUCAGUCCUCAGAAAUAUCCUAUAUGUCGACGACUACGUCUCCUCCGCUGUCGCCGACGGCGCCGAUGUCCUUAUCAUCCAGUUAUGGAUCUUCCACCUCGUCCUCACUUUUCUCGCCUUCCCACCCGGUCCACGCAAACGAACCUGACAAUCUUAACUCAUUCCAAGAAUAUCAGCCAAAUUCAAACACAUUCAACUCCUCUCUCUCCAUCUUUCAAUUCUUCCUACGACCAAAAAAGGGGCCUCAUUUGAUUGAUAAUGAGAGCAAUCCAGGAUACAUAUAGUCCACAUGGCAACACUCUUUUCAGCUUAAAGAGACAGUUGAGUUCUGGGGAGAGGUAAAACAAAUUAUUGGUGAGCAUAAUCAUUGUUAUUAUGCAAAUGUGUAAGAACAUAAGAGAAAAUUUACUAUAAAAUUUACGAAUAUAUCAUUUCCGAAAUGUUGUACAGUUGUCAAUUAUAAAAGGCAAUGCAAUGUGUUAACACAAUUGAUAAUAAAUUACCAUUGGCCGUCUUCUGAACAUUUAAAUUCAUCUUAAACAAUCCAGUUAUUUGCACACUUAUCAAUUCUUAAUAAUGUUUCCGUUGUUUUUACCAUGAUUUUCUGUCUCAUUUUUCUUUUGUAAACUUAAAAAAAUAUAUAUAUAUAUCCACCAUCCAUCAUGACCAUUGGAAUUAACUCUUCUUAUAAAUACAAAACAGAACCAAUAUCACAAAAUAUGCUCGUUAAAAAACAAAAUUAAUGUCAAAGAUCUGGAAUUGUCUCAUAUUCCGUAUGAUCCACUUUUACAAAUACCCUACAGAUUAUAACAAUAUUUGUUUGUUUGUUUAUGAUACAAGAUGAAAGGGCUCUUCCAUGCAACCCAAUUCUCUUUUUAUUUAUUUAUUUUGCUUAACAUAUCAUUCGAGUUGUAUAUAUACACAAUAAACAUACUUCAAUUCAGAACUUAAAAAACAUGAAAUAAAUACCAUUUUUCAUGAGACAGUA